UAUACUUGACGUGUUUCUGUUGAUAUUAUAUCAGAGCAGAUGCACGGCACUCUUACAUCUCUUCAACGUUUAACAUGAUGAAUAAAAUACCGGCACCAUUCGACUCUCAUAUAAUUAUCUGCUUAUUUUAUAACUGUUCGUCGUAAAGCACCGAUCUUAGGUGCCAGCUGUCAUUAACCCCAAACCUACCAAGUAUAUUAUUUGUAAAAGUUCAAAGACACGUUAAUUUAAAAAUCAUAAUUUCGACAAAGUAAAGAUGAAAUGGCCAUCUCUGAGUCUUGUUCUGUCUGGUGUCUUUAUAGCCUAUAUAUCAUAUUCUAUAUACACCCUUUCGCUAUUAUUCGUACCACCUCCAUGUAUCGAAGGUAGAGUAUGUUUGACUUCUUUUUUGAACACCAAGCCACAAUUAGGGCUGCACAUGUAUACCUCGACCAUGAGUCGACCAUUUCAAAAGGAAGUCUCUCACGUGUAUUCAAAUAGAAUAUUCAACUACUGGGAUGCUCAUAAUUUCCAGAUAAUGUUGCCAAUUCCCCAUAAGACUCGCAAAAAUGGAACGUUAUAUCUACAUUUGUUAAUCACACCACACAGUGAAAAGCAUAGUAAUUCAUACAACGAAAUUAUCAAGGAUCCAACUACGGUUUAUACUAGAAUAAAAAUGACUCAGUAUACCAUUCCGGAAAUUGCAGCUUUUAAUUUGCUGAAAACUGAGGAAUCUGCUAACAAAAAAGAACUUUUAAUGAAACCUGUGUCACACUUGAAAAGUCAAAUUACUUUCACAAUGAUAACAGAUAAUAUAAAGUUACCUGCUCAUAGCUUACCUCUGGAACUCGCCAGAGACAUAAGUAUAACAAGAGAUGGAAUGUUUCUACCAAUCGUAAAUUAUGACUUUCUCCAAACUCGGCAUAGAGACUUGAUGAAAAUAUUACCGGAUAAUGAGACUAUGAAUGUUACAGUCUUUUAUACCCCAAUAUCACUUGGGAAAUUGAGAUUGAUAUUGCAUGUAGAAGCAGCCAUGCAAGGACUGAAGAGUCUGGGCUUCUCAGAUAAAGACGUAGAUGAAGUAAAAGGUAUUUUCGCCGAUACCAAUGUAUACCUACUAGGAGGAACAAUUUUCAUUGCCGCAAUACAUCUUCUAUUUGACUUUCUUGCUUUGAAAAACGAUGUGAAUUUCUGGCGUGGCAAGAACAACCUUGCAGGACUGAGUGUACGCACUGUAGUUUGGCGAGCUUUUAGCCAAGCAGUGAUAUUCUUGUAUCUUCUUAAUGAGCAGUCAUCAAUGCUGCUUUUGAUUCCCUCUGGCAUUGGAACAAUUAUUGAGUUUUGGAAAUCGAAAAAAAUCUUACGAGCAGAACUUGUAACUGAUCACGGCUGGCUACCCCGGAUCAAAUUUGAAAAGAUCGAGUCUAGCUCUGCCGAAGAAAGAACUCGUGAAUUUGACGCUGAAAGCAUGAGAUAUUUAUCUUACUUGUUAUACCCGUUGGUCGCUGGAGGAGCAAUUUAUUCUCUGCUAUAUCAACCGCACAAAAGCUGGUACUCCUGGAGCAUAAAUUCUAUGGUGAAUGGAGUUUAUGCGUUCAGUUUUCUAUUUAUGCUACCACAACUAUUUGUAAAUUAUAAGCUCAAGUCAGUAGCUCAUUUACCAUGGAGAGCUUUUAUGUACAAAGCGUUCAACACAUUCAUCGAUGACAUAUUUGCAUUCAUCAUUUCGAUGCCAACUGCGCACAGAGUUGCCUGUUUUCGUGAUGAUGCUGUAUUUCUUGUCUACCUCUACCAACGUUGGCUCUAUCCAGUGGAUAAAUCUCGCAGAGAUGACGCUGUUUCAAUGGAUGAAACACCUACUGAGCAUGAUAAAUAUGACAAGAAAAAGAACUAAUCUGAUAUUAAAUUUCUUCAAUCACAGAAUUAUUUAUAAUUUAUUAUUUUAUUCAACUAACUUACUCGCAAUCUGUCACAUAAUUAUUUAUUCUCUGUACAAGUUAUGGCAUCACGAAUAUUUGAUGCUGUAAUCAACUACGGCGUAUAUUUACAUUUCACACACAUUCCAAAGUAGUGUAGUGGAGGCAAAUGGAACUGAAGGUCAGUUACUCGAGAUUGAGAAAUGCUUAAUUUGCUAUAUCAUAUGCUGCCAUACAUUUAUAUUUGGUGCUAGUUAUCAUGGGAUUCAAUCAAUGUGAGAUAAUUACAUUGGAUUAACCUCUCUUGAACUUCGACUAUGAUAUUAUUUCCAAUAUGUGACUUAGAGAAAAUUGAUUCUGACUACAAAAAACAACCAAUUUCGUGCAAUAAAAGAAUUAGUUCAGCUCAAAAAAUAAACAUCAAACCUGAAACUAAAUAGAA